AUGCGGUCGUUGUACUUUUACAUCGUGGUUUUGAUCGUGACAAACACGGCAAACGGAUUCGAUAACUCUAUGAUGAAUGGCCUACAAACACUAUCCUAUUGGCAGGAUUACUUCAAUCAUCCGCGGGGACCCACAUUGGGGCUGUUCAACUGUGUCAUGAGUGCUGGUGCACUUACUGGACUGGUUAUUUUACCUUUCAUGCUGGACCAUUUUGGCAGGAAGAUCUGUUUAGUUUUUGGGUCCCUCUUUAUGCUUUUGGGCGUGGCGUUGCAAUCCGGGUCCAUCAACUUCUCGAUGUUCGUGGGCGCUCGGUACAUCUUAGGAUUUGGCGAUAUCAUUGUAAUUUGCACGGCUCCUUUGCUCAUCACAGAGAUUGCUCCCGCGCAGGAUAGGGCAAUCUUGGUAACAAUCGCUGGUGCGACAUAUCACUCAGGUGCAUUCAUUGCUGCUUGGACGACAUAUGGCACUCUGAAGAUCAAGAACGAAUGGUCUUGGCGGGCACCAAGUCUGAUACAGGGCGUUUUUACUCUGUUGAUGCUUGCAGUCGUUUGGUGGAUCCCUGAAAGCCCACGAUACUAUGUUUCGAAGGACCUGCCAGAGAAAGGCCUCCAAGUUCUGGCCUACUAUCAUGCAGAAGGCGAUGAAUUGGAUGAAGUGGUGCAACUUGAAUUUACCGAAAUCACUACUGCCAUUGCAAUGGAGAAGAAUGCAGAGCACUCUAGCUCCAUUUUGGACUUCCUGCGAACCCGUGGGAAUCGCAAGCGACUUCUGAUUAUCGUUUCAUUCGGACUUUUUUCACAGUGGUCAGGAAAUGGACUGGUGUCCUACUACCUGAAUCUCAUCAUGGACAGCAUUGGCAUUACCGACGCCAACGAGCAAUUGUUGAUCAAUGGUGCCUUGACUUCUUUCAGCCUGGUGACGAAUCUAUUCUUUAGUUUCUUCGUUGAUAGAUGGGGUCGUCGACCGAUCAUGCUGAUCAGCUCCGCAGGAAUGUUAGUCGCGUUUGUGGUAUGGACUGCCUUGUCGGCGCAGUAUGAUGCACAUGCCAGCUCUAGUCUCGGAUCUGGGGUUUUGGGGAUGAUAUUCAUCUACUACUUGUUCUAUAAUCUGAAGUCAGGCUUAAUUGCCAGCUAUACAACGGAGAUCUUGCCGUAUACGAUGCGCGCCAAGGGCUACACGAUUAUGGAGUUUGCGAUGUACAUCGCCUUGUUUUUCAACCAAUAUGUGAACCCUAUUGCCCUUGAAAACAUUCAUUGGCGCUACUAUAUAUUCUACUGCUGCUUCUUGGCCGUGGAGGUGAUUGUCAUCUGGGCCGUGUAUGUGGAAACUCGAUAUGUCCCGCUAGAGGAGAUCACGCGACUGUUUGACGGAGAUGAUGUCGCGGCAGCCACGAAUGUGGAGAUGGAGAAAGUCCAGGAAUCUGGCAAAGGGCUCACUACAGCAGUUCACAUCGAGAGGGCAGCAUAG